UUAAAACAACUGUACAAAAAGAACUGAAUCCAUCCUAGUUCUACUGAAUUCUAGCAGGCACUAGAAAGUUCUUUUAUCCCCGGCGAACGAAUUACUCAUAAAAACAACCCAAAAAUAAACCGAUCUUUCACUGUCACUUAUAAACACCAACCCGUCUCUCUAGAAAAUCUAGUCUCAUCAGUUUAGAGUUUGAAGAAACAGAAGAAAAUGUUUGGAGUUGUUUUCCCAAAUCGAAGUUUUCCGAUGGACAUCUCGACUUUCUCCCAAAUCGAUACUUUUCAUUGGAUCCUGGAUAUGAACACUUUCGUUGGGGAGGCGUAUGAUGAUAUAAGAGAGAUAUGUAUAUUCUUACUGAAUGGUUUAUCUUUACCACCUGAUAAAGCCCUAGCUGUUUACAUACAAUCUCCUGGUUCACCUUUUGUAUUUUGUGGUGCCAUUACUGUUUCUCGUCCUUCAGCUGUAUUUUCUCUUUCAUGGCCUCAACCUGGUGCUCAUAUGCAACUUACUGCUUCAGAUUCUCCUCCUCUUUCUGCCAAAAUUGGUGUUUCUGUUGAAGAUAUUUCUUCUCUGCCUUCUCUUGAUGUUGUUGCUGAGAAAAGAAUUGAACAUUUGGCUCUUAAAGUUGGGGAAAAUCUCUUUAACUUCAUGCAAUCAUUUUGUGGUGUUGAUGGGAGUAGACUUGUGGUUCCUAUGGAUAUUUUAGAUCGAUGGUUUAAGAAGUUUCAAGAACGAGCAAAACGCGAUCCUUCUUAUUUGAAGGGUUUUGUACUUUGACAACAUUAUGAGGUUGUAGUUCAUGAACAGAAGAAAGGGGAAAGCGGGGUGUUUAUAUGGAGCAUCACGUUGCAAUAUGCGUUCUUGUGCUUACCCUUGCAGUUAAAGUAUUGGUGAAGGAAUCACGUUGUACUUGUUUAACAGUUCCCGAAUUUAGAUGCCCUAGAAUAUCAGCUAUUUCAAAACCCAAUUCCUAACAUGAAUAGACUAUUGUGCUUUGUUCUUGUCUUUUCGUGCAUUAUUGGUUCGUGCAGUCUUUAGUAUCUGCGAGAAGUAGGGAACUGGGAAGUAGGGAAAUAUCAGUUGAGAUGCAGAUGGAUUGCUUGGAAAAACUGAAAUGUGAAUACAUUACAAUGCUUUGUGCAGUGACAAUGGUUCUCUUUUCUUUUUUCAUAUGUUUGGUAUAUGCAAAUUCACCAUGUAUUAUGCGUUUA